UAUUCCGCUUCCGGUUCUGUCCGAGUCACAGUUGAGGUGUCGGUCUCUGGUUAACUGGCGCUUCUGCAGGAGCCGUCACCUUAGCCGCUAUGCUGUCCCACUCCCGGUGUUUCACCCGGACUCUUGGGCGCUCGCUCUCUGCUCUCACCCAGGGUAACAACGUGUUGGGGCGAAGGGCCGUAUCAGGUCUUUCUGCCUGCGUUCAUGUUGCUUACAAGAACAGCCAUCCAAACUGCAACGCCAGGUCCAGUGUCUUCCAAAUCAGAUACUUCAGGACCUCUUCAGUCUGCAGGGAUGAAGUUGUCACAGUGAACACGCCAGCGUUCGCCGAGUCCGUCACAGAGGGGGACGUGAGGUGGGAGAAAGCUGUUGGGGACACGGUCGCUGAGGAUGAGGUGGUAUGCGAAAUUGAGACCGAUAAGACCUCUGUACAAGUGCCCUCGCCUGCCGCCGGCGUGAUCGAGGCCCUCCUGGUACCGGACGGAGGGAAGGUGGAGGGGGGAACCCCCCUCUUCAAACUCCGGAAAGGAGCUGGUGCUGCCAAAGCUGCUGAUGCUCCGCCCCCUGAAGCUCCCAAAGCGGAGGCCCCUGCAGAGGCAGCAGCCCCCCCGCCACCUCCGCCCCCGCCCGCUGCCGCGGGUCCCAUCCCCACCAGCUUGCCCCCCGUGCCACCUGUCCCGGGACAAGCCGCGGACGCCAAACCCGUCUCUGCAGUCAAGCCCACCGCAGCCCCAGCUGCCCCGGCUGCCCACACUGAUGCGGCAGCCAAAGGGGCCAGGUCAGAGCACAGGGUGAAGAUGAACCGUAUGAGACUGAGAAUCGCUCAGAGGCUGAAGGAGGCGCAGAGUACCUGCGCCAUGCUAACCACUUUCAAUGAGGUUGACAUGAGCAACAUCCAGGAAAUGAGAAAGCUGCACAAGGACGCUUUCGUGAAGAAGCACGGCAUCAAACUGGGCUUCAUGUCUGCUUUUGUCAAAGCCGCAGCCCACGCUCUGACUGAGCAGCCCUCUGUGAACGCUGUCAUUGAUGACACAACCAAAGAGAUUGUAUACAGGGAUUACGUUGACAUUAGCGUGGCCGUGGCGACGCCAAAGGGACUUGUGGUGCCGGUGAUCAGAGGUGUGGAGAACAUGAACUUUGCUGACAUUGAGAAAACCAUCAACGAGCUUGGAGAAAAGGCUCGUAAAAAUGAGCUGGCAGUGGAGGACAUGGACGGCGGGACCUUCACCAUCAGCAACGGCGGGGUGUUCGGGUCCAUGUUCGGGACGCCCAUCAUCAACCCCCCUCAGUCCGCCAUCUUGGGCAUGCACGGGAUCUUCGACAGGCCGGUGGCCAUCGGCGGCAAGGUGGAGAUCCGGCCGAUGAUGUACGUGGCCCUGACGUACGACCACCGCCUGAUCGACGGCAGAGAGGCGGUGACCUUCCUGCGCAAGAUCAAGGCUGCCGUGGAGGACCCACGAGUGCUGCUCCUGGACAUGUGAUCUGUAGCAUGGAGGCCAUUUAAAAAAAAAAAAAAAACUGCUCCCCUUACAAAAAAAGCAAUGGUUAUACCUGCCCCCCCCCCAUGUUCCUUACUGCAGUUGAUAUAUUAUAUUGGUUAAACAAAGGGAGAGAAGUGAGUGUUUUCAUGGUUCACUUACAAGUGAGAAUGGUGGUUUGGAGUUCUGCAUGGGUUUGAAUGGUAAAGAGUUUCUUGCAAAUGUGCAGUAUGAAACAGACAAGGGUUUCGGUGGACCAGGUUCCUACUUGGUGUGAAGACACUUUCAGAUCAUUUCGUUUGGGGGAAAUGAUCCGCUGUUCAAACAGUUCAUAUGAGGAAAGUUAUUCCCACACACUACUUAUAAGAUUGUCAAGCUACACAGCCUUUUUUUUAUAUACUUUGGUACAACAUUAAUUGUUGGAAUUAGUAUUUAAGAUGCAACGUCAACAGUAUCUUUCACACAAGUUAGAAAUCUGCUUCAUUGAUCACCCUGAGAACAGAUUCUGCCUGUGCUGUACAAAAAACAUGUAACUAUUUAAGAAAAGAUUUUAAAAACAUUAAAAAGCAAGAGAAUUCUA